UAGAAUAAGACGAUUAGUCCUGUCAAGGUUUAUUGAUCACAGAACACGUCAUUGUGUAUUGGUUAACACGAUAACCUGUCACCGUGUUAGCGAUGUGCCAGUGCCAGCUAAGUUAACUAACAUUAGUGAGAAGUAGGCUACCAUACAGCGUGCUCAGGCAGUCAUAUGAAUGCUUUUAGCGGUAUGCAGUUCUUGGGGCGUCUCUUGGACACUGUGUCCUCUGUCUCCAACUUGUUCUCCAACCCAUACCGUGUGAGGGAAGUUCCACUGUCUGACUACAGUGGAGGGGGGCGGACAAGGCUGAAGGACGAUGGCAAGGUAGUUUUGUACAGAAAUACACAGUCAUGGGACUGCCUGCUGCUGUGUCCGGAGACACCUGCAACUGCACUCAGGUUGUUCCAAGUCCCCUCUGAAGAGGAUGCUAUGAACUGGUACCCUCAAUAUGCCCUCAAACUCCGGCCCUUCUAUGAGAUGCUCCCGUCAUUAAAACCUGAGACCAUCCAGCCAAUAGUGGACUGCAUUCGCAACCAUCCCGACUGGAGCUCCGCCCAUAUUGCUGUGGAUACAGGAUUAAGAGACUGCUUGAAACACAAUUAUGUUCUGAGUCAAAUCAAUGCUCGUGAUGGCCAGGGUCAAACACCCCUACACCUGGCCUGUGAGCGAGGUGAUGUUGCCUGUGUUAGUGAGCUUCUCGACGAGUGCCAGGCUCGCACCGACAUCAAAGACAAAAAUGGAGAUACGCCCAUGCACUGUGCUGCUAAGCAGGACACAGCAGCAGUCAUAGAGGUGCUGUGCUGCCGUCUGUGUGCCGGGGUGAACGAACUCAACCUGGCAGGUGAGACACCCCUCCACGUGGCCUGCCGCCAGGGACGCACCGAGGCGGUCAAGGCUCUGCUGGGCGGCGGGGCCAAGUGCGACGUUCUUGGAGGCCACUGUUACCCCAUUCACGCUGCUAUGAAGUACAGCCAGAAAGGCUGUGCGGAGGCCAUUUUGACAGCUGACCCUGCUCAGCUCCAGGCAGAGGACCACACGUAUGGAGGCACUCCACUGCACUGGGCCAAGACUUCUGAGAUGACUCGGAUGUUGCUGGAUAGAGGCUGCAAUGUGAACUACCUCAGCAAGACAGGGGAGAGCCCACUCCACAUCCUGACCAAGAAGGAUCGCUUUGAGGCAGCCAUGGUCCUGCUUACGCAUGGCGGUGACGCCAACAUCCGUGGCCCAGACGGAAACACUGCCCUUCACCUGGCCAUGAAGCUGGACCACAUGGACCUGAUAAAGGCUUUGAUCGUGUUCGGAGCAGAUGUGGAGAUCCACAACGACCUGGGGGAGACGCCAGGCCUCAUCGCUGCCCGCAGCAGCAAAGGCCCCAACAGAAAGAUUCUGCUGGACAUGCUAUGUAGUGUAGGAGCCCAGCGCUGCCACCCCCCAUCCUCAGAGCUGCUCUCCCCCAACAGGAGAGUGACCAGUCCUGGCAUAGGGUUUGAGGACCUCAUGCACGUGUCUGCUACCAUCUCAGCCAUGAGUGGGGGCAGGAUGGAGGUGGAUGGGAUCAAACCAGGAAGCAGGAAGCUGGACAGGCUGCUGUGUCUGGACGGAGGCGGGAUCAAGGGCCUGGUUCUGAUCCAGUUGCUGAUUGCUCUGGAACGAGAGGCUGGUCGGCCAAUCAGAGAGCUCUUUGACUGGGUGGCGGGAACUAGCACUGGAGGCAUACUUGCUCUGGCUGUUAUACAUGGUAAGUCCAUGCCGUACCUGCGCUGUCUGUACUUUCGCAUGAAGGAGCAGGUGUUCAAAGGCUCGCGGCCGUACGAGUCGGCCCCUCUGGAGGACUUUCUCAAGAAGGAGUUUGGAGAGAACACCAAAAUGACCGAUGUGAAACACCCCAGGGUGAUGGUGACGAGUGUCCUUGCGGACAGACAUCCCGGGGAGCUGCACAUCUUUAGGAACUAUGACCCCCCAGCCCUCCAGUGUGACCCACCGUAUGCCUCCACUGCCACCUUUAAGCCUCUCACCAUCCCAGAAGGAUGGGAGGAUGAGGAUGUGUUGAUAGUUGGAUACACUGUGGAACCCCCCAGAAAGCGUAGGAAGGUGACUGAUGAAGAACAAUUGGUAUGGCGUGCUGCCCGCUCCAGUGGUGCCGCCCCCACCUACUUUCGGCCAAUGGGCCGCUUCCUGGACGGAGGGCUGCUGGCCAAUAACCCCACUCUGGACGCCAUGACAGAGAUUCACCACCACAACAAGGCCCUGAAGGCCCAGGGGAGAGAUGUGGAGGUGCGGAAGCUGGGUGUGGUGCUGUCUCUGGGCACUGGGAAACCCCCUCAGGUGGCGGUCAGCUCCGUGGACGUGUUCCGGCCCUCCAACCCCCUGGAGCUGGCCAAGUCCUUUGUUGGAGCCAAAGAACUGGGCAAGAUGCUAGUGGACUGUUGCACGGACUCUGAUGGCUGUGCCGUGGACCGGGCUCGUUCCUGGUGUGAGAUGACGGACAUAAUCUACCACAGGCUGAGUCCCUCAGCUGUCCCUGGAGGUGUUGCUGGACGAGGUGAGCGACGCGGUGCUGGUGGACAUGCUGUGGGAGACGCAGAUGUAUCUGUACGAGCAGAGGGCCCAGAUCCACACACUCGCCCAGCAGCUGCUGCAGGCCUGAACCUACCUGACCACACCUGACCAAUCAGAUGUGGUCAUACAGCAUGGAGUAGAGACAGAGGCUAGAGAGAAGGAUGUGUGUCUGUAAUGGCCCAGUAAGAUGGACUCUGACAUUAACAUGACCUAACACUAACUUGUCAGUGGGGGGGAGGGAGACUGACCGUGAUUUUCAGGGAAAGGAUAUAUAUUGGCUGUGUGUGUGUGUGUGUGUGUGUGUGUGUCUGUAUAUUGUGUGUGUUUGUGUGUGUGUGUGUGUGUGUGUGUGUGUGUUGUGUG